AUGGUUCGGCACUCCGGCCACGGGAUGGAGACUACUUUCUACGACGAGCAGUAUCCCCUUAGCGGCCCGGUGGAGAAUUUAAAACGGACUCUCACAUUGGAUCUGGACUUCGGGCGAGGUGGGAAGAGGUCGCGGAGCACCGCGCCUGUUCUUUCCUCGCCGGACUUACAACUUCUCAAGUUGGGCUCACCUGAGCUCGAGAAGCUGAUCAUUCAAAACGGCAUGAUAACGACGGCAACACCAACGCCGGGCGCGGCGGUGUUGUUUCCCCCCGCUGCACCCACAGAGGAGCAGGAGAUGUACGCGCGGCCAUUCGUCGAGGCGCUGGACAAGUUGCACCACGGUGAGCCUGCGCCGCUAGCACGACGAGUGUAUGCUGAUCUGGACCGGCCUGUUGACCGUUACCCUACACCCGUCGUUAAAGACGAGCCACAAACCGUUCCAAGUGCUUCCAGUACGCCACCUCUUUCCCCGAUUGACAUGGACACCCAAGAAAGAAUUAAACUGGAGCGCAAGCGACAAAGGAACCGAGUAGCCGCGUCCAAAUGCCGGCGGCGGAAGUUAGAACGUAUCUCAAAACUGGAGGAGAAGGUUAAGUUGUUAAAAGGCGAGAAUGCAGAGUUGGCGCAGAUGGUGGUGAAGCUAAAAGACCAUGUGCACAGGUUGAAGCAGCAGGUGCUGGAGCACGCGAACGGUGGUUGCCACAUCGACACGCACUUCUGA